AUUGGGUAAAUUCAUAUGGGGGUGGAGUUCGUGUGCCACGUGACUGGUCUUCGCGACAUGGAGGACCCGGAAGCGGAUAGGAAGAGACCUCGAGAGGAGGAAGAUGACACAGCGGGAGGCCUGUCAGAGGAUGAGGACUAUGUGCCUUAUGUGCCUGUCAAGCAGAGAAAGCAGCAAAUGCUACAGAAGUUGCUACAGCUGCGACGGAAGGGAGCGGCGGAGGAGGAGCAGAAAGACAGUGGCAGUGAGCCCCGAGGAGAUGAAGAUGACAUUCCACUGGGCCCCCAGUCCAAUGUCAGCCUCCUGGACCAGCACCAGCACCUGAAGGAGAAGGCAGAAGCCCGGAAAGAGUCUGCCAAGGAGAAGCAGCUGAAAGAGGAGGAGAAGAUCUUGGAGAGUGUGGCAGAGGGCCGAGCUCUCAUGUCGGUGAAAGAGAUGGCGAAAGGAAUCACCUAUGAUGAUCCCAUCAAAACCAGCUGGAAGGCCCCUCGAUAUGUGCUGAGCAUGUCUGAAGCCCGGCAUGACCGUGUUCGCAAAAAGUACCACAUCUUGGUGGAAGGCGAGGGGAUUCCGCCCCCUCUCAAGAGCUUCAAGGAAAUGAAGUUUCCUGCAGCCAUUCUGAGAGGCCUGAAGAAGAAGGGAAUCCACCACCCCACUCCCAUUCAGAUCCAGGGCAUCCCUACCAUCCUUUCUGGCCGUGACAUGAUCGGCAUUGCUUUUACUGGCUCUGGCAAGACAUUAGUGUUCACUCUGCCUGUCAUCAUGUUUUGCCUGGAACAGGAGAAGAGAUUGCCAUUCUCCAAGAGGGAGGGGCCCUAUGGGCUCAUUAUCUGCCCUUCACGAGAAUUGGCCCGUCAGACCCACGGGAUCUUGGAGUAUUACUGUCGGCUACUGCAGGAAGACAGCUCGCCACCCUUGCGCUGUGCCCUCUGCAUUGGGGGCAUGUCAGUCAAGGAGCAGAUGGAAACCAUCCGGCAUGGGGUGCACAUGAUGGUGGCCACCCCUGGGCGUCUCAUGGACUUGCUGCAGAAGAAGAUGGUGAGUCUCGACAUCUGCCGCUACCUGGCCCUGGAUGAGGCUGACCGAAUGAUCGACAUGGGCUUUGAGGGGGACAUCCGAACCAUCUUCUCCUACUUCAAGGGCCAGCGACAGACACUGCUUUUCAGUGCCACCAUGCCCAAAAAGAUCCAGAACUUUGCUAAGAGUGCCCUGGUAAAGCCUGUUACCAUCAACGUGGGCCGGGCAGGCGCUGCUAGCCUGGACGUCAUCCAGGAGGUGGAGUAUGUGAAGGAAGAGGCCAAGAUGGUGUACCUGCUGGAGUGUUUGCAGAAGACACCCCCACCAGUGCUGAUCUUUGCAGAGAAGAAGGCAGAUGUGGAUGCCAUCCAUGAAUAUUUGCUUCUCAAGGGUGUGGAGGCUGUAGCCAUCCAUGGAGGCAAAGAUCAAGAAGAGCGGACCAAGGCCAUCGAGGCAUUCCGGGAUGGGAAGAAAGAUGUCUUAGUGGCCACUGAUGUGGCCUCCAAGGGCCUGGACUUUCCAGCCAUUCAGCAUGUCAUCAACUACGAUAUGCCUGAGGAGAUUGAGAAUUACGUUCACCGGAUUGGCCGGACAGGGCGCUCUGGGAAUACAGGCAUCGCCACCACCUUUAUCAACAAGGCCUGUGACGAAUCAGUACUCAUGGAUCUCAAAGCCCUUCUGCUUGAAGCCAAGCAGAAGGUGCCGCCUGUGCUGCAGGUCCUCCACUGUGGGGAUGAGUCCAUGCUGGACAUUGGAGGAGAGAGAGGCUGCACCUUCUGUGGGGGUCUGGGCCAUCGCAUCACCGACUGCCCCAAGCUGGAGGCCAUGCAGACCAAACAGGUCAGCAACAUUGGCCGCAAGGACUACCUGGCCCAUAGCUCCAUGGACUUCUGAGCCCCUCGGCGGGGCUGGAGCCAGGAGACCAGGGGCCGGCAGCCCUCGAGGAGAGGCCGCCUGGACUCUCUGCCUGGGCUGGCCCG